CUGAAGACAGACAACCGGCAGGAGGGGAGGCAGGGAGCCAUUUCCUCCUGAGCCCAAGGCCAGGGAACCUGCGGGCUGGAGACAAACCAGUAUUGUUAAUGAGCCCUGGACACAGAUGACAGCUGGCUUCCACAAAAUGGGAGCCUGGGUCCUGCUCUAGAGCCACCCACUCAGGAUCGGAUGCUACCGUGCCCUUCUUCGGGAGAAUGAAACCUAAUCAACUGUUUCUCUUCCCAGCCUUUUGGAGACCAAGCAGGCUCCUCGCGGCCUCCCGCGGACCCCGGGCGCUUCGGGAAGUGUCGUCCUCUAGCCCAGAAGCUGGCGAAGGGCAGAUCCAUCUCACCGACAGCUGCGUCCAGAGGCUUCUGGAAAUCACCGAAGGGUCUGAAUUCCUCAGGCUGGAGGUGGAGGGAGGUGGAUGCUCCGGAUUCCAGUACAAAUUUUCACUGGAUACAGUUAUCAACCCCGACGACAGGGUGUUUGAAAAGGGUGGGGCAAGAGUGGUGGUUGACUCUGAUAGCUUGGCCUUCGUCAAAGGGGCCCAUGUGGACUUCAGCCAAGAACUGAUCCGAAGCUCAUUUCAAGUGUUGAACAAUCCUCAAGCGCAGCAAGGUUGCUCCUGUGGAUCAUCCUUCUCUGUCAAACUUUGAUGUGAUGACAAGUGACCCAGAGAUUGCUAUCAUCUGACUGAUUUGAGGAACCUGGGAUUAGAACAAUUCUAGAAGUUUUCUUCCCAUCAUGACACUCUCUCAAUUUUAUUUUCCCUUAAUUCAGGAUGUUGUUUCACCACUAUUUUCAGAAUGUGAAAAUUUUACUCUUGAUUUAAUUUCUCCUACACAGUUGUAAGGCCAAGCCUGUGGAUGCUGUUACCUAAGAUUUAGUAACUGGUUGAAACCAGUAUCAUCUGUAGAGCCUCCAAGGUUCCAGGAGUUACUUCUCUGGCCUUCAGAGCUACUUGUACAAGUGUGUAUAGCUAUGUGUAAAACAUUCAUUUUAAAGAAAGUCCUUAUUUACUUGUGUUGUGGAUCAGAAUCACAGAUUGCAUAGCUUGAAUACUGUGUUACUAGACCAGAAAGGAUGAGACAGCCAAGUGAAAUGUUAUCUUUUUGUUUUGCUAUUUAUUUAUUUAUUUACUUACUUUUAUUAAGUAUAGUUGAUUUGCAGUAUUGUGCCAAUCUCUGCUGUACAACAAAGUGACAGAGUUAUAUACAUGUAUACUUUCCUUUUUAUUUUCUCUUCCAUUAUGGUUUAUCAUAGGGUAUUGAAUAUAGUUCCCCUGUGCUAUACAGUAGGGCCUUCUUGUUUGAAAUAUUAUCUUUUUCAUCUCACUCUUCCUUAAUGUGCUAGUUUGCUUACCAUUAUUUUCUAUGCAGCCCGUUCUUCACUUCCCAUUUGUUACAGCAGAUACAUUUUCUUCUCAUACUUAGGAAUGUGUUAGAUUCACAAAACCGAUAACCCGUCACCCAGAAAAACUUGGACCUAAACCUCACUGAUACUUGAAUCGUAAGUUUGAAAAUAAGCUCCAUACUCCAUAUUCACACAUUUUGAGAUUCGUUGCUAAUUUAGUGACUGAAUCUUUUUAGAAUAUGUUGCUUUAUUUAUCUUAUGGUGUAAAAUGUUUCUGGUCUCAUUGCAUAGCUGGAAGUUGUCCCUUUGUUGAUAUAGAUAAUAGAUACUUGGGGUUAUUUUUUUUUUUUUCCAGCUUGAGCUAUAAAAUGCAGGGUGCCCAUUUAAAUUUGAAUUUUAGACAAACAGCAAAUAAUUUUUAAUAUAAGUGUGUCUCUGUGAAUACUAAAAAUUAUUUGUUGUUUAUCUGAAAUUCAGAUUUAAUUGGGUAUCCUGUAUUUUUAUUUGUUAAAUUUGGUAACCUUACUUUAAAGUCUCUGAAAGAAGAGCUUUUUAGCCACAAAUUCCAAUGAAUUUUAAAGUAGUUGUUUGGGUAUAGUACUUAAAUAGGCUAAGGAGCUAGAAACAACCAUAGUAUGUAUGUGACAGUGUUGGGGCAGCCAGAACUGCAUGGCAACAGACAACUAAAGGGAAAGAUAAAAAGCACCACAACGACAAAUGAUUAAUGAAUGCUAAUGUUGGGGAAACCACAACCAAGUUGAUUCUGUAAGGAUUACUGGUUAAACUCAUCUUUUCUUUGAGACCCUGAAAGUUUAUAUCAGCAAAUUUUGCAUUCUGGAAUGGAUUGAAACUUUUCUGGACUUAAUUAAGGUCAUUCAAUAAAAGAAUUAUCCUUAAAAAAAUAGAAACACAGAA